AUGUUCGGCAAACUAACGGGAAUUUUAAUGCUUGCUGCUUGUCUGGUGAAUUUUGGAAACGCGAAAGCGAAGACCUCGGAGACAGAAAGCUCAGAGACGAAAGGUAACGUUUUAUUUCUCCAGUGUUUUUUAAUCAAUUGUGAAUUGUAUGACUUAUUAAUAUAUCAAUCAGCUGUCCUAAUCUUGUUAUCUUCAGAUGCUUCUCAGCGUUAGGUAAAAUCUAGGUAAAGGUCUUCACAUUCUUCGUGCUAUUUCUAGAUAGUUUUAUAGAUUUUAGGUAGCUACUGGCGAGGCUACUCGUCUUGUGAGCAUGGUAAUUUAGCUAGCUUAUUAAAUUUCAAACGGUUAUGGUUCCAACAGGCCUACACAUCGGCUUUAUCAUAAAAAAUUACUGAAGUAUCUCGUCCGAAGCCCAAGGAAAAGGCCCCUUUAGUAAGUAACUAGAAUUUAAGUGACGCUUCGGUUUAUCGGCGACGCAAUUACGUCAAUAAACUGUACUAAAGAUCAUAUUGAAAAUAGUGACGGUUAAAAUAGGGGAAUAAUCUUGAUGCUUAACUAUGUUCAAAACAUAUCAACGUUAUAUGUAUACUGUGAGAAAAGAAUAACAAAACUAAAUAUGGCAAAAACAGUGUAGCCUACAAUAUGAAAAGAAUUUAUGUGAACUGCUCGAAAUAGAUAGAUUAUUAUAAAAAGCAAAACGAUAACAAGAUCCACUAUCUAUAAAAGAUCGCUGUACUAUAUUGCAUAUUGAACAGAAUUUGCCACAACUAUUUAACAACAAAAGCAUGAUAUAAAGUUUCAGUUUAUAAUCGAAAGAAAGUAUUCUGCGAUGAACGACUUCCCAGAUUAUAUUGCCAGAAAGUAUGACAUGAAGAGCCGGGCUAUGUCAAUAAAAUUACCACUCGUUACAAGUGUCGUGAAAUAUGACGAUAAUAUAAACAUGUUUAUGGUUCGUAGAAAUUGGUUUUCAUAUACGCUUGUAGUUUUAUUUAUUUUCCGUUUUGUAUGUUGACAAGUUGCUUAAUUGGAUGCAAAGUAUUUUGAAAGGAUUCCAGUCUACGCGCAAAUUAUUCCGAAAUCUAUAUUUGAUUUGGAAAGUUAUGUUGUUUAUGAAAGAGAUUGGCUGUUGUGAUAUAGAUCGGCUAUUUUCGAAGCUAUUUUAUGGCUGUUAUCGUAACCUUGAACUCGUAUUUAUCAAACAACCUGAUCGUGUAUGAUGCGGUUUAUUAAAUUCUCGUGCCAUCCUAUGUUGACAGUGUUCAAACACUGAUGUACGUUAACUUGUACAAUAAUGUUUUAAAAUCGCCUGGGAAGGGUUUAAGACCCUUCACUUAUAUUGGUAUAUUGACGGAUAGGAAACGAAGUGCCUGCAACGAUUUCUAAAAUGCUUUUAAUGGAGGAUUUCUCCGUCUUUGCAUAAAUACAACAGGAUGUGUAAUACAAUCAACUCGUUUCAAAAGUUCCGGCGAUCAGAAAGACCUGACCAUUCGAUUGAUAUUGUUUGGAGUGACACAGAAUAAAAUACAAAUAUAUUUGAAGCCAAAAAUAUUGAGUUACAAAAGAACUAUUUUUUAAUGCUUAUAAAAUUUGAGAUUUUUAAUUCAAUUUGAAUUGUCUUAGGUACAGUAUUAAAGGACCACCGCGUGUUUUGAGUUAAUCCGUUAAUCUGGACCAAAAUUAACCCUAACUUGCUAUAUUAAUUUCGCUGUGCGAUAAAACAUUCCUUUUUUGAUAGAACUAUACAUUUGUCAUAAACAUUUGUCAUAAACAUCUUAAAUCCAUUAUUUGCAGGUUAAAUUAUUUGCUAAAUUCUUUUCAAAUAUGAAUCUAACUUAUAUAACACUAUAACACAGUAGGCUUAUAAAUUUUGAUCAGAUUUCACAGCUCGCUUCACAGUGUGAACUCCCAGUGAUAAUGAGCUUACUGUAUCAUAAAUGCUAAACUUCAAAUUUGAACGCAAGCAAUAUUAUAGAAUUGGGCAAUUGAAUUAUGUGGGAAAAUACUUGUCUUGAUUCGACAUUUCCUCAGCUGAACAACUUUAUAUCCUGCCUUUAUUAAAUCAAUGUCAAUGUCUCUUUACAUCGAAGUAAAAAAUUUAAAUUAAGAAGACGUUUCAAAUCACUAUGUCUAUGCUAUUAAAGCCGAUAUAUGGAUGGGCGCGUUUAUACUAUACAGUAUAUCUGUCAAUGACAUUGUCACAUUAAAUCUUUGGUGAUUGUCUUUUGAAACAAAAACCGGAAUUCAUUCUAUUCUUUCCUGAAUAGAUUUCAAUUUGAAAUAGGAAAAAACAACCAUUCCCAAACAAGAAUAGGACGUGAUUAAGAAAUUGUUUUGAUAACGAAAUUGAUGAGCUAUUGAUGAUUUAUUAGCAAAAUGUGAUGUUAGUUUAUUUAUAAGUAUUCAUCAACAAUUAUAUUAUUUGAUAUGUUUCAUAAGGAUUAAAUCAUGUCGGUGUAAACAUCAGAUGUUAAUUAGCCUUGUUAUAUAAAAUAUUUCAUGAAUUUUUGAGCUGAUGUAAAACUAUAUUCAGUUUAAGUUUCCUCCUGUAGUAACACUGGAUUAAUAAGAGAUGACUCUUGUUGGACCUCUGGGGAGAACUAUUUCGAACUGAUAAAGCUAUCCAGUAUAAAUAAAGUUAGUUUAAUUUAGGUUUUCUCCUGUAGUAACACUGGAUCAAUAAGAGCUAUUAUCCUUACUGGGCCUCUAGGGAGAACAGUUUAGAAUUGAUAGAGCUAUCCAGUAUAAAUAAAGUUAGUUUAGUUUAGGUUUCCUCCUGUAGUAACACUGGAUCAAUAAGAGAUUAUCCUUACUGGGCCUCUAGUCUAGGGAGAACAGUUUAGAACUGAUAGAGCUAUCCAGUAUAAAUAAAGUUAGUUUUAGUUCAGGUUUCCUCCUGUAGUAACACUGGAUCAAUAAGAGAUGAUCCUUACUGGACCUCUAGAACUGAGAACAGUUUAGAAGUGAUAGAACUAUCCAGUAUAAAUGAACAAAAUUUUAACUUUAGCCUUGACCCUAGCUCUUAAUAAACGUAUAUCUUCUAAAAGUUUAUCAGUAAAACAUUAAACUUAGCUCGUUCUAUUCAUAUCCGGCUUUAAAUUUUAUCUGAUACUUAAAUUAAGACGAUAAAAAGCUAUUAUAAGUAAGCUCUAACCUUUGACAUGUAAAAUGAUAUAAACCAACGCAAUCUGAAAAUUCAUCUUAUGUGACGAGUAACAGCCCCUUGAAUAGAUGAAAGAUUGGAUAGGUAUGAUUUCACGAGAUUUCAGUGACGUUUCCAGAACCACAACGGGUUUCAAACGAGUUAUUGGCCCCGUCUGUGGUUUCACUUUAGUGACAAUGAGUUUUUAUUCUUUCAAUAUGCAGGUGUCUGACUAUCUAUGAUUGUACCUCAGUUACAUGUGCUUCUAGUCUGACUCUAUCAAACAGCAUAGGUUUUCUUCAGGUAAUCUGAUUUCCUCAUGUAGUAACACUGGAUCAAUAAGCGAUGAUCCUCACUGGACCUCUAGGGGGAUCAGUUUAGAACUGAUAGAGUUAUCCAGAAUAAAUAAAGUUAGUUUAGUUUAGGUUUCCUCCUGUAGUAACACUGGAUCAAUAAGCGAUGAUCCUCACUGGACCUCUAACAGUUUGAAACUGAUAGAGUUAUCCAGUAUAAAUAAAGUUAGUUUAGUAUAAAUAAAGUUAAUUUCCUUCUGUAAUAACACUGGAUCAAUAAGAGAUGAUUCUUACUGGACCUCCGUAGGGGGAACAGUUUAGAACUGAUAGAGCUAUCCAGUAUAAAUAAAGUUAGUUUAGUUUAGGUUUCCUUCUGUAGUAAUACUGGAUCCGAAUAAGAGAUGAUCCUCACUGGACCUCUAGGGGGAACAGUUUAAAACUUUAAACUGAUAGGGUUAUCCAGUAUAUAUAAAGUUAUAAUAGUUUUGUUUGUGGAAACACCACGUAAAUUUAUUACUGCGGUAAUAAAUUUACGUGGUGUUUCCACAAACAAAACUAUUAUAUGUUUUAUCGCCAUGCAAACAUACAAAGAACUAAAUAUAUAAAGUUAGUUUAGUUUAGGUUUCCUCCUGCAGUAACACUGGAUCAAUAAGAGAUGAUCCUUACUAGACCUCCAGGAAGAACAGUUGAGAACUGAUAGAGCUAUUCAGUAUAAAUAAAGUUAGUUUAGUUUAGGUUUCCUCUUGUAGUAACACUGGAUCAAUAAGAGAUGAUCCUUACUGGACCUCUAGCGAGAACAGUUUAGAACUGGUAGAGCUAUCCAGUAUAAAUAAAGUUAGUUUAGUUUAGGUUUCCUCCUGUAGUAACACUGGAUCAAUAAGAGAUGAUCCUCACUGGACCUCUAGGAAGAACAGUUUAGAACUGAUAGAGCUAUUCAGUAUAAAUAAAGUUAGUUUAGUUUAGGUUUCCUCUUGUAAUAGCACAGGAUCAAUAAGAGAUGAUUCUUACUGGACCUCUUGGGAGAACAGUUUAGAACUGAUAGAACUAUCCAGUAUAAAUAAAGUUAGUUUAGUUUAGGUUUCGUCCUGUAGUAACACUGGAUCAAUAAGAGAUGAUCCUUACUGGACCUCUAGGAAGAACAGUUUAGAACUGAUAGAGCUAUCCAGUAUAAAUAAAGUUAGUUUAGUUUAGGUUUCGUCCUGUAGUAACACUUGACCAAUAAGAGGCGACUCUUAUUGGAACUCCAGGGAGAGGAGUUUAGAACUAAUAGAGCGACUCCAGUGUAACUAUAAAUUUAUUACUUUCUACUCAGGGGACGGAAGUAUGCACAAAAGAUAUAAUCAUAUAUAUAUAAUAACUUAAAUAUUUUAGCAGUAUAUAUUGUACAUGAAAUAAAUGCACGCUGAAAUAAUCUGUACCAGAAAAUGACGGUGCUACGAACUGGUAAAGUUUACCUGUUUUAGUAAGCUAUUUGGAAACGAAAUUCUUGAAAAUAGGACAAGCCUAAGUAGAAAAUCGCUGUUUACUUAGUCACAUGGAGAAAACAUGCAAACUAACACUGCAACGCAAAUACGAUAACAGUAUCAAUCAAUUAACGGCAUUAUAUUUUGCAGACAUCGUUUAACAGUCAGACAUUUGUUUGUUUUUCUAAAACUCUGUUGGAAACGGAGAUUAGCUCAGCAUGUUAUAAUAGACCCUGCAUGCAGGAAACCUGAACUAACUUUAUUGACACUGGAUAGCUCUAUCAGUUCUAAACUGUUCUUCCUAGAGGUCUAUAGUAAGGAUCAUCUCUUAUUGAUCCAGUGUUACUACAGGAGGAAACCUAAACAAAACUAACUUUAUUUAUACUGGAUAGCUCUAUCAGUUCUAAACUGUUCUCCCUAGAGGUUCAGUAAGGAUCAACUCUUAUUGAUCCAGUGUUACUACAGGAGGAAACCUAAACUAAACUAAUUUUAUUUCUACUUGAUAGCUCUAUCAGUUCUAGACUGUUCUUUCUGGAGGUCCAGUAAGGAUAAUCUCUUAUUGAUCCAGUGUUACUACUGGAGGAAACCUAAACUAACUUUAUUUAUACUGGAUAGCUCUAUCAGUUCUAAACUGUUCUUCCUGGAGGUCCAGUAAGGAUCAUCUCUUAUUGAUCCAGUGUUACUACAGGAGGAAACCUAAACUAAAUUUAUUUAUACUGGAUAAUUCUAUCAGUUUUAAACUAUUCUUCCUAGAGGGCCAGUAAGGUCUUCUCUUAUUGAUCCAAUGUUACUACAGAAGGAAACCUAAACUAAACUAAACUAAACUAACUUUGUAUUUUUACUGCAUAACUCUAUCAGUUCUAAACUGUUCUUCCUAGAGAUCCAGUAAGGAUCAUCUUAGGUUUCCUCCAGUAGUAACACUGGUUCAAUAAGGGAUGAUCCUCACUGGACCUCUACAAUUUAGAACUGAUAGAACUAUCCAGAAUAAGCCAAUCUAGCCCCACCCAUUUUCCCUCUAAUGAAAAAACAAUUCUCUGAUUUCAGAUUACUCGUACUGUGGGCAAGGCUCGCAGCGAACUCGUUCAAGGGUCAGACGAGUUAUCGGUGGCCAAGACGCAACUGCGCACGCGUGGCCUUGGACCGUCCUCAUCAUGAAUUACACGACGGUGUUCUGCGGUGCUUCAAUAAUCAGUCCCACCUUCCUCAUCACGGCCGCUCAUUGCGUUGGCAGAAACCGCACUAACAUAUCUUUGUACGCUGGAAAACACAGAGUGGACGAGCGAGACCUCCACGAACAAAAAUUAGUCGUGAAAAAAUUUUACAGACACCACAAGUAUAGGGCAGGCAACGACUUCCAUCCGGGCGAUUACGAUAUGGCGCUGAUCCAACUGAAGAAUCCCAUUAAGUUUACGGAAUAUGUGAGGCCAAUUUGCUUGGCAGGUGUGGAUAUGUUCGAACCGGGUCAUGAAUGUGUAUUGAGUGGGUGGGGAUAUACUAAUACCACAGUACGAAGGACGUCGAAUAUUUUACAAGAAAUACGAUUGCCUUUGGUUUCGGAAAAGGUAUUUAUGUUAUGUUAUGUUUUCAAAAGGUUAUAUGUAUUCACGUUUAAUUUGUAAGAGGGCCCUGAAGGGGUAAAAUGGGAACUGAGAUUGAUCUAUUUUUAGACUGGGAAAAUGGGAUUUGGGUUGCUGGGACUGGGAUUUGGCCACUGGGAAUGGGAAAUGAAGUCCUCAAAAAUGGGAUUGAGGUAAUGCGAGUCGAUUCCCAAUUUUUCUGCGUUUUGAGUAUUUUAAAAUACAAUUUUGAUCCGUUUUUGGUGUCUUUGGUCAUGAUUUUUGUUGUUAACUAUAUUAUUCACAGCACUACCUGCGAACAGACAUACUCUGGCGCCCGGAAUUCUGGGUUUUCUGAUUAUGCGUGUCUCAGAAUGCUGCAAAUGCCAUUUCCGGGAUUCAAAUUUAAAUAUUUCAAUAUUUCAUAAAGUGUCCGCCACUUGCUUAAAAGGUCUUAAAACUGUUUAUUCUACCGAUAAAUAAAGGGUUUUUUAUUGACUGCGAUUUCAAUAACUGGGACUGGGAUUUCUAAUAAAAAUCCAACUGGGACUGGGAUUUUGCCAAAAUUUCAGGUGGGAAAUGGGAUUGGGACCCCCCCCCCCUUCAGGACCCUCUUGUAUGUGUGUAUGUGUGUAUGUGUGUAUGUGUACUAGUAUUCUACAAUUGUAAGCUGCCGUGGUUUGUGUCUGAACUACCUGAAAAAGAUAUCUCAAACGUGGUGGUCCAGUGUAGGUAGUAUUCUACAAUAAGCUGUUGUGGUUUGUGUCUGAACUACCUGAAAAGAUAUCUCAAACGUGGUGGUCCAGUGCAGGUGGUAUUCUACAAUAAGCUGUCGUGGUUUGUGUCUGAACUACCUGAAAAAGAUAUCUCAAACGUGGUGGUUCAGUGCAGGUAGUAUUCUACAAUAAGCUGUCGUGGUUUGUGUCUGAACUACCUGAAAAAGAUAUCUCAAACGUGAUGGUCCAUCAUGGUCCAGUGUAGGUAGUAUUCUACAAUAAGCUGUCGUGGCUUAUGUCUGAACUACAUGAAAAAGAUAUCUCAAAUGGCUGACUAUUUUAUAGGUAUGCAACAGUAACAAAAGCUACGGCGGUAUUAUUCCCCAGCGGUACUUGUGCGCAGGCGUACCGGAAGGGGGCAAGGACGGAUGUUUCUAUGACAGUGGUGGUCCUCUAAUGUGCGCCCACAGUGACACUGACCCGUGGUAUUUGGUUGGAAUGAUGAUCUGGGGGAGUGGUUGCGCACAAAAAAACAAAUACGGAGUUUAUGCAAAUGUCGCGAAGCAGAUGGCAAUGAUAAAAGACAAGGUCAAAGGUAACUAGGCGCCACCUGAAAAUUGGUAUGACUAAUGUUGGUGGCAUAUGGCCUCAUAGCGCUCGUUUCAGGAAGCAAAAAACUUUAAAAAUUUGUCAUUUUGUUUUUGUUUUGUACCACAAACUGAUAGAAACAUUAUGAGGGACCUUUUGGCUUGUGGGAACGGCCUUCAAAUAAUUAAUAUUAACCCAAAAAAAAAGAAGAAAGAAAGAACUUAAUAUUAACGCAUUAAAUUGCAUUGUGCCCUAAUUCUUUAGCUGUAUCUGGCGGUUGAAAAACACAAAAUAAUAGUUAAAUAUUGUCAAUUUAAAUACAAUUAAUAUUGAUGCUGUAAAAUUGACGCCAUAUUUAUACAGCAAUAUAAGCAAAAUUUACUGAACUUCAGACAUCAUUUUCUCUUUGGCGUACCAUCUAAAAUCUCUUCAUUUUAGCACGACUUUACAGAUAAAGCACUAAACAUACUUUGUAAGUUUGUUUGCCGCUUGAGAAACGAUUCAUACAAAAGAUACUCCUCUUAAAGAUAAUUCAUUUCUAAGGAUUUGAAUCAUGCAAAUCAUUAAAAAUUUGCAUAGCAUGACCUGUUGCUAUGACUAUCUUCGCCAUUCAUGAUACACUUUCUACGCUAUCAUAAAUUUCAUUGUAUUAAUAGCCGUGAGCAUCAAGAGAUCCCUAUUGUCGAAUCACGUGUCUCUAGUGAAAAUUGGCUGACUUGAGUAGUUCAUGAGCAGCAGUGUUUUAUCAGAUAUAAAGAUACUAGGCGAAGUAUCUUUAGGUCUGAUAAAACACGCACUGCGAAUGUUUUAAAUUGCUUCAAAAACGAUUGAUCUAGUAAGUUCAUCGGCGAAGUAAUUUUCAAAAAAAUUCGUUGUGUAUAUAUAUAGAGAAAAUCAAAGUAAAGUUUAUGUAAAUCAAGGGAAAUCUCUAUCACAUAUAAAGAUACGACACGCUUAUGAUUUUAGUCUUUGUGUUUUCCUCAUAAAUUAUUGAGUUUUUGAAAUGGCUUAAAACUGAACGACCCAUCUGAUGAGUUCAUUGGCGAAGAAAUUUUAAAUAAAUAAGUUUUCUAAGCUGAGAAAAUGAAAGCUACAGUUUAUGUAAAUGAACGUUUUUUAAAAUUUAUCUAUUUAUCUAUUCUCGUUUCCAGACCUCCCGCGGCCGUAUUCGCCCACAGGGUACCCCUCGCCUGUCCAAACAAGCAAGAAAGAUUCGGGAGACCAAAACAAGGAAAAGAUCUUCAUUGCAAUCAUAGCAGCACUGUGCGUGAUCAUUCUGAUACUAUUGACAACGCUAUGCAUCGUGCAUUUCUACACCCGCGGGUAUAUAUGCUGUACGGCUACGGAGAAACGUUCAUACAGACACAACAGAGCGCCCAGAGUUCUUCAUGAGCAAAAUGGCAAGUUGAACGGCGAGGUCAGCGUAUGA